AUGCUGUCCAAAAGCUUCCUGAUCUUGAAGGACUGCCCAUCAGCGCCCCCUGGAGGCCUAAACUGGACCUGGCAGCCGUCUGUUGCCCCUACAGCUCCGUGUGCUGAAGUGUCUGAUGAAGAGGAGCUAGAGCCGACCUCCACAAAGGCCCAGAAAAACAAACGGACCAAGAGGACAGAUGCUUCUGAUGAAGAGGAGCUAGAGCCGACCUCCACAAAGGCCCAGAAAAACAAACGGACCAAGAGGACAGAUGCGUGUGCUGAAGUGUCUGAUGAAGAGGAGCUAGAGCCGACCUCCACAAAGGCCCAGAAAAACAAACGGACCAAGAGGACAGAUGCGUGUGCUGAAGUGUCUGAUGAAGAGGAGCUAGAGCCGACCUCCACAAAGGCCCAGAAAAACAAACGGGCCAAGAGGACAGAUGCGUGUGCUGAAGUGUCUGAUGAAGAGGAGCUAGAGCCGACCUCCACAAAGGCCCAGAAAAACAAACGGACCAAGAGGACAGAUGCGUGUGCUGAAGUGUCUGAUGAAGAGGAGCUAGAGCCGACCUCCACAAAGGCCCAGAAAAACAAACGGACCAAGAGGACAGAUGCGUGUGCUGAAGUGUCUGAUGAAGAGGAGCUAGAGCCGACCUCCACAAAGGCCCAGAAAAACAAACGGACCAAGAGGACAGAUGCGUGUGCUGAAGUGUCUGAUGAAGAGGAGCUAGAGCCGACCUCCACAAAGGCCCAGAAAAACAAACGGACCAAGAGGACAGAUGAAACCCAAAGAAACCCUGGAGUGAGGAGGAGAGCCGUGGAGAAGAGGAUGGGGAAGUACCUGGCUCUGUGUGCUGUGCCUCACACAGGAGUCUGCAGCCCUCAUCAACAGAACCUGGAAGGACCUCAAGUACUUUGUGUAUAA